AUGAAAUUUAUCAAUUGUUUAUGGAGGAGAUCAGAGUUAAGGCUGAAGACUUUCAAGAACGGGACAGUGGGUGGGCUAUAAGUAAAGUGUUACAUCUAGAAGUGAAUAUUAACAAAUAUCAACCUUUGCGAGGAUCAUCAUACCUGCCCCUACCAAAGUGGGUGCAAGGGAGGCAAGCCUGUAUUAAUGUUAAGAAUGUUGAUGACGCAUGCUUUGCGUGGGCCAUUGUUAGCGCUUUAUAUCCAGCAGAUGAAAAUGUGGAUCGUCCCUCGUCAUAUCCCCACUAUAAGGAGAUACUAAACCUAGAGGGGGUGUCUUUUCCCAUGUCAUUGUGCGGGAUUAAACGGUUUGAACAGUUGAAUAAUAUAAGUGUUAAUGUUUUUGAAAUUAUUGAUGAGUCAAUAGCAGGACCGGUGUAUCAUACAAAAAAGCGACGCGACCGUCAUAUAAACAUGCUCAUAAUAGAAGAUGGUGACCAAAAACACUUUUGCUGGAUUAAAAAUAUAAGUAGAUUGAUAAGUGCGCAGCUUUCAAAACAUCGUCAUAAGAUGUGGUUUUGUGAUGGAUGUCUUUUACCUUUUUCCAAUGAAGUAAAAUUCAAGGAACAUAUAAAACGCGACUGUUCCCAUGUAAAGACCAUUUUACCGAAUGAUGGAGAAAAUAUAUUAAAAUUUAAAAACUUUCGCUAUCAAUUACGAGCACCAGUUGUCGUGUAUGCAGAUUUCGAGGCUAUGUUAAAACCUAUUAUACCCACUUGCACGCCAUCUCAAUCUUCCUCAUAUACUGUAGACUAUCAGUCACAUGAGCCGUAUAGCUUUGGUUAUUAUAUCAAAUGCUCAUACGACGAAUCAAAAUCUAAAUAUGUGACAUUUCGCGGCGAGGACUGUGCGAAAGAGUUUAUUAAAUCAUUGGAGACCGAGUUAGCGCCCUUUGCGAGUAAGAUUAAAACUAUAAUACCUAUGCGUUCUCUUACACGAGAGCAGCAGGUGCAAUUCCAGUCUGCAAUAAACUGUCAUAUUUGUGGGGGAGUGUUGGGAGAUGAUAGGGUACGGGAUCACUGUCAUCUCACGGGUGAGUUUAGGGGCGCUGCACAUUCUAACUGCAACUUGAAUUAUAAAAUUUGUAAUGAGAUUCCAAUAGUGAUGCAUAACUUCAGUGGGUAUGACUCACACUUUAUAAUUAAGUCCUUGAAAAAGUAUGACAAUGUUAAUGUUAUACCUCAGAAUAAAGAGAAAUUUAUAUCUCUUACUUUGAAGAGUGAUGUUUUAGAGUUAGAUCUUAGGUUUAUAGAUUCUUUUAGAUUUAUGGCGUCCUCGUUAGAUACAUUAGUGCAAAACCUUCCAAAAAAUCAGUUUAACAUUAUCACCUCACAUUUCCCUCAUGAUAAACUCGAUUUACUAACACGCAAGGGGGUGUUCCCCUAUGAGUACGUACGGGGGUGGACGCAGCUUGAGGAAACUUCACUACCUCCUCAGACCGCCUUCUAUAACAGCCUCGCCAGCUCCCCCAUUUCCGAUGAGGAUUACCAGCAUGCCCAAAAUGUUUGGGAUGCCUUCAAAAUUGGAACUCUGGGGGAGUAUAGCGACCAUUACCUUAAGACUGACGUCAUGUUAUUGGCAGAAGUUUUUGAGAACUUCCGUGACGUCUGUCUUGAGACGUAUAAGCUCGACCCGGCUCACUAUUAUACCGCCCCUGGACUCAGCUGGGACUCUAUGUUAAAGCACACUCAAAUUGAGUUAGAGCUACUCACUGACAUGUCAAAAAUUAAAUUUAUUUCAUCCGGAAUACGAGGGGGGUUGAGUCAGUGUUGUGGGAAAUUUGCAGUAGCAAAUAAUAAAUAUUUAAAAAAUUAUGAUUCAGAUAAACCCUCUAAUUAUAUAGUUUAUUUAGAUGCAAAUAAUUUGUAUGGCUGGGCUAUGUCCCAGUAUUUACCUGUAGGAGGUUUUCGCUGGCUAUCUGAAGAGGAAACCAUCAAUUUCGAUAUGACUAAAUUAUGCCCCGAAAAUGAAAAGGGUUACUUUUUUGAAGUAGAUUUAGAGUAUCCUACGAGCUUACAUGAUUUACACAAUGACCUCCCGUUUUGCUUUGAAAAUAAGGCUCCAUCGAUAGGGACGAGUAAAACAAAUAAAUUAUUAGCUACACUAGAAGAUAAAUGUAAUUAUGUAAUUCAUUAUAUAAAUCUGCUACAGGCUAUAAGACAUGGGUUGAAAGUAAAAAAAAUCCACCGCAUCCUUGAGUUUACUCAACGUCCAUGGCUUAAAUCGUACAUUGAUCUUAAUACAGACAAAAGAAUACAGUCUAGAAACAAGUUUGAGAAAGACUUUUAUAAAUUAAUGAACAAUGCAGUCUUUGGUAAAACUAUGGAAAAUGUUGAAAAACGACAGGAUGUUAGAGUAGUAAGUGCUUGGGAGAGUCAGGGAAGACGGUUGGGUGCGCGCGCUCUAAUCGGUCGUCUUAACUUUCAUAGCUCAUGCAUAAUCAAUGAUGAUGUUUCGAUAAUACAAAUGACUAGAAAUUGUAUAAAAUAUGAUAAGCCUAUAUAUGUAGGGUUUACAGUCUUAGAAUUAAGUAAAACCCAUAUGUUUGAUUUCCAUUAUAAUUAUAUGCUACCUAAAUAUAGUGAAAAUAUACGACUAUUAUAUACAGAUACAGACUCAUUCAUCUAUGACAUUAAUACAAAUGAUUUCUAUGAGGAUAUCAAACCGGAUGUACAAGAUAAAUUCGAUACAUCAGAUUUCCAAAUAGAUAAUAUUUACGCGUUACCUAGAGUUAAUAAGAAUGUAUUGGGAAAAAUGAAGGACGAGGUUAGUGGGAGAAUAAUUUCAAAAUUUAUAGGAAUAAGAUCAAAGUGUUAUUAUGUGGAGAAAGCAGCAGCAGAGGAUGUUUUAAUGGGGAAAAUGGGGGGUAAAGAGAAGGAAGGGGAUAAUGUUAUUAAAAAAAUCAAGGGUAUAAAAAAAUGUGUCAUAGCUAAAACUGUUUCCGGUGAGGAUUAUCACAAUUGUAUUAUGAACGCUCCACCUCAGUAUAGGAACAUGAAUGUUAUCCGUAGUAAAGGUCACCAGUUAUAUUCGCAAACUGUCAACAAAAUUGCUCUCAAGAAUUAUGAUGAUAAGCGAUUCCCAAUCCCAUCCAAACCGCAUCAAACAUUAGCCUUAGGACAUAAUGAAAUAGAUACCUAUUAUAGAUUAUUUAUAGAUUUAUGCUAGAUAUAAUAAUCUUUCUUGAUUUUACAUAUGUACUGUAGUUAAAGUCUAUUGACGAAAUAAAAAUAUUAUGUGAGUAAAAACAUUA